AUGGACCACAGUGAGUCAAAAGCAGAGCUUUGUGACAUGUCAGUCAUAUCCUGUAAAGAGGAGCUGAAUGAGCAGAAAGUCACGGUGAAGAAAAGGGUCAGUGUGUUUCAAAACUACAUUCAGCCCUGUCUGGCUGAACUGGUGGGUUCAACUCUCUUCAUCUUCAUUGGUUGCCUGUCCGUUAUUGAGAAUGUGGAGGGCACAGGGAGCCUGCAGCCUGCCCUGGCACAUGGAAUAGCACUGAGCAUUGUCAUUGCAGUGUUAGGAGAGAUCAGCGGUGGCCAUUUCAACCCUGCAGUAACUCUGUCUGUGUACUUGAUUGGGGGACUCAAUGUCAUUCUACUCUUACCAUAUAUGCUUGUCCAAAUGUGUGGUGGAAUGAUCGGAGCAGGUCUGGCCAAGGUGAUGUCUCCGACUCAGAACUACCUCAACGCCUCCGGCGGAGCGUUUAACGUGGUGAAGGAUGCGGAUCAGGUUGGGUCAGCUGUCAUAGCAGAGGUGGUCAUGACGGUUCUCUUGACCAUGGCAGUGUGCAUGGGGGCAGUGAAUGGAAAGACACGCAGUCUGCUUGCUCCUUUCUGUAUCGGCCUGGCUGUGGGCACUGAUAUCUUGGCAGGGGGGAGAAUCUCAGGUGCCUCUAUGAAUCCAGCUCGAGCCUUCGGCCCAGCAGUGGUUGCCGAUUACUGGUUGUACCACUGGAUCUACUGGGUAGGACCUUUUGCCGGGGCUCUGAUCACUGCAAGUCUCAUUAGGUUGGGUUUGGGUGACGAGAAAGUCCGAUUGUUCUUAAAGUGA